AUGUCGAGUAAACGUCGAUAUGCAGAUACCAGACUACAGGCGUCUCAUCAAUCCAUACUCGCCAUGCUAGAGUACCGCACACAGGGCUUUCAAGGCUAUGCAGUCAAGUAUUCACCCUUCUUUGACAAUCGCAUCGCCGUAGCGGCAUCGGCCAACUAUGGUCUGGUCGGCAACGGACGACUGUUCAUUCUAGAGUUGACACCGCAGGGCAUUGUGCCUUUGAAGAGUUAUCCCACCCAAGAUGCGCUAUACGAUGUGACGCACUCCGAAGCUCAUUCAUGUCACGUUCUGACAUCCUCCGGCGACGGUUCUCUACGACUCUACGAUGUCUCCCUCGGCCCCGAAUUUCCCAUAGCCACAUUUCAAGAACAUUCCCGAGAAGCGUUUUCCUGCAGCUGGAAUCUCACCUCGAAAGCCACCUUCGCCUCUUCAUCGUGGGACGGAUCAGUGAAGAUAUGGAAUCCCGAACGGCAGCAGAGCCUUUUGACACUGCCCACCCAUUCCUGCACGUACAGUACCCAAUGGAGUCCGCACACGGACGGGAUGCUCAGCGCGGUCUGCUCAGAUAGCCACCUGCGUGUGUGGGACCUCAGGACACCGGCGAGCGCAAGCAACCAUCUCACAAUGCAAAUACCAAUACACGCUCCCCUUUUGUCGACGGGUGUCGCUAAACUCCAACCGACAUUCCCACCCUCGGAGGCCCUCACACACGACUGGAACAAGUACCGAGGCACCAUCGUGGCCACGGCAGGAGUUGACAGAAUCAUUCGAACAUUUGACAUCCGGCAACCCAAAGGGCCCUUGCAGCUGUUACAGGGCCACGCCUACGCCGUACGGAAGGUUGCAUGGAGUCCGCACCUGCCGGACUUGCUGCUGAGUGCCAGCUACGAUAUGACAUGUCGAGUGUGGACGGACGGCGGUGAUCCGGGCGGCCCGGCUCGAGAACUCGGACAGAUGGGAAGACAUACCGAGUUCGCAACCGGCGUCGACUGGUGCCUUUUCGGCAGUGAAGGAUGGGCGGCCAGUUGCGGAUGGGACGAAAGACUAUGCGUGUGGGAUGUACGAACCGUCAUGCACCAGUAG